AUGACAAAGGAGUCCCACAUUGAGAUGCGUGAGUUGAUCGAGGAGUGCACUCGACAUGUAGACAAUCUCGAGUUUAUGGAGCAAAAGUUGGAAGGCGUUUCAGAGUUGAUGGUUGUUACACAACUUUCAGAAGCAUUGGAUGCAGAUUCUAGAAAGCUUUGGGAAGCCACUUUGGAAUACGGCGAGCUUCCUACGUAUAAGAAUACCAUUGAGUUCCUUAAAAAGCGAUGCCAGAUUCUCGAAAGGUGCGAAUCAUCCGACACACCAGCUCCAUCGCAACAAAAAUCCAAAUCUGCCAUCAAACCAGUGUUUGGGAAAAGCUUAGCAAAGGUGCAUGCAGCAACAACCCAGCCAGACAACGAUAGUUUUUCGUGCCACCUUUGUAAUAAAAUGCAUCCAACCUUUAAAUGCGAAGAAUUUCGAGCAUUGAAUAUAUCCGACCGUCUUAAGAAGGCGAAGGAGUUAAGCGUUUGUUUUAAUUGCCUUCACAAAGGUCACCGAAUCGCAGAGUGCAAAUCCAAGAAAAAUUGCAUGAUUUGCAAGUCAAGGCAUAACACAUUGCUUCAUCAUGAAGAUAAGUCUGAUCAGCACCUGAGCAAUGGUGCGAGAAGGCAGAAAGAAGAGGUUUCUGAAGAGAAAAGGUCUUCAGAGUCUCAACCAUCGAGGACGUUGCCUGUUCCAAAUGAACCCAUAUCAAAGGAGUCAACUAUUUGUUCAUGUAGCACUCCUCAGACCCAAGUCCUAUUAAUGACUGCAGUAGUACUUGUGGUCGAUAGAAACCAGAAGACACAUCAGUGUCGUGCAUUCAUCGAUCCUGGAUCUAUGUCACAUACGGUGUCGAAAAGGUUAGCGAAGUUAUUGGACCUUCCUACAACUCCAAGCUUUGUUACUGUUACCGGAAUUAAUGGGAUAAGAUCAACAGCGGAUAAACGCAUGUUUAUAGAAAUCCAAUCUAGAACAACCGACUUCAGUGCCACACUAAACUGUCUAGUGCUUCCGAAGGUGACGAGUCCACUUCCACUGUCUGAUAUCAACACGUCUUCUUGGAGAAUACCUUCUAGUUUGGAACUGGCGGAUCCACAGUUCAAUCGCGUAGAUGAAGUCGAUUUGUUCAUUGGUUGCGGUUUAUUCUGGCAGCUUCUUAUACCAGGAAAUUUGAAACUUGCAGAUGAACUACCGGAACUACAUAACACAAAGUUGGGUUGGAUAGUAACUGGUGAAUACAACCUAAAGGGAAAUGACGCAUCAGAUGUAAUUGUUCAUUCAAAUGCAGCAGUCGUUUCAAAUCUUGAUAUGCUGGUUCGAAAUUUUUGGGAAAUCGAGGAGGUCACUGAUCAAAAAUCUGUCACAGAUGAGGAGGAGUUUUGUGAGGAACAUUUCCGGACUACCCAUGUACGAGACGAUAGUGGCCGGUUCAUUGUAUCACUUCCGUUCAAGGAAAACAUCAAUGAAUUGGGAAAUUCGAAGGCCAUAGCUGUAAAACGAUUCUUUAUGUUGGAGAAACGCUUGAGUCGUCAUCAGGAUGUCAGGAAACAGUAUGUAGAAUUUAUGGACGAGUAUUUGAGACUGGGACAUUGCAGGGAAGUCGACGAAUCCAAGGAUACACCGAAUCAACAAAAUUAUUAUUUACCGCAUCAUGCUGUUUUAAAACCAACGAGCUGUAGUACAGAGUGA